UGGGUUCAUGAUUUAACAUAUGGAAAAACGAUUCACGAAUAGAAACCUAAGGUAGAACAAUUUUUUGAGUUAGAGGGAACCCCUGAAAAUCAAUGAUGCCAUUUACCGUUAUUGUCCACGGAUGGCAAAGCCUUUACAUGUAGAAUAUUAAGAACAAAGGGAAAUCUUGGCAGCAAAUCAUUAAAGAUACAGGAAACAAAAUUUGAUUCCGGUGCUAUUGAUGAUCCUGUUGUAGAUUUGGCAAGAUUAAAGCAAGAAGGAGCCUUGAUGGAUUAUCUUGAAAGAUUUGACACAUUACUCACACGGGUAGACAUUUAUGAAGACUUGGCUUUAAGUUUCUCUCUUUCUAGUCUGUGGAAUUAGAAAGAGUACAUAGUCCUACAACGUGAGUUUAAUGGAGAUAGAAUAGGAAAAAGGAAUGAAACUGAAGAAGAAUGGGAGGAAAUCCAGAAGUGCUGGAUAAAAAUAGGGGAGUUGUCCAUAUUUGAAGGGAAUGGCACCUAAGGUCACACACAACGAGGGCAACAAAUUUUUUUGAAGUUCAGAACAUCACAGGAACAACAGAAGUACCCCUAACCAUCAAUAGCAUGGAAGAAAAUGCAGUCCAGGGGUUCAAGACCUGGCAACAAAAAUCCAAGAACCUUUCUUGGGAAGAUCUUGCAACAACUCAACUAAGGAUAGUUGAAGGAAACAGGAAAAACAUGUUAUUUGAGAGUUUGGCAUUAGUGACAAGGACUGGAGUGGGGAAAAAGUCAUCCAAGAAUUCAAGAUACUGGUGUCUCUGGUAAAUCCAACAUCAGAAAAUCAGUUGGGGGAGAAUUUCUUGACAAAGUGGCAGGCCCUAUGCAAGAAAAAUAAGAUAUCACCAACACCCCCAAUAUGGACAUGGCUGAGUAUUUGUCUAUGGGUUUGGAGAGCAAGGACACAAAUACAAGUGUGGUGUUAUCUGGUAGGAGUUGUUGGGUUGUUAGGGUCUCUAUGUUGAACCAGAGACUGGAUCCAAUCACCUGCAUAGGUAUUCUUAUGGUGGGUUACGGGCUGAUAAUAAGUGCAGUGACAUGGUUGAUGUUGCUUCUGAGAAAGGUGCAAAAGCUGCUGCUCUAUGGGUGGAUAAUUUUACAAAGGUUGGUUGUGAAAAUACAUCAGGUGAAGACUGUGAUGAGAAUGUUGUGACUCUUGCUUCUCAGAGUGAAGUUGCAAAAGCUGCUGAUUUUAGUGGGGAGAGUGUGGUGGGUCUUGGUGCGUAUGUUAAAACAGUGAUGGAGGGUGAAGAUAGAGGAAAGAAGUGGUGAGAACAUGGUGACUACAGUUUCUGAAAUAAAGUAGAAGAUGUGGUUGUUUUGAGUGUGGAUGGUUCGAAAGUGGUUGGUGUUGAGGAAGCAAAAGACAGGGGGAGGUAGUGAAGAGGUAGAAAAAGACAAAGAUUGUUCUGAGAACAUUGUGACUAUAGGGGAUCCAAUGGCAGAAACAAGUGAGAACAUGGUGGUAGACGUGGAGGACUUGAGAGAUGAACGGUAUGGUUUUGUUGUUGGUGAUUUUGGUUGGGGACUAGCCAAGAGUAAACCUUGUUGGCCUGGCCGAAUUUAUGACCCAUCUGAUGCAUAUGAUGACGCAUUGAAACAGGAACAAAAGAAUAGACCUCUGGUUACCUACUUUGGGCAUGGAACCUUUGCUUGGUGUCAUCCAUCACAGUUAAAGCGUUUUGGGGACAACAUUGAUGAGAGGGUUAAACAGAGUAGUUCCAUUGAUUUUGCCAAUGGUGUACAAGAAGCAACAAGUGAGGUUGGAAGGCUUCUGUUUAUGAAGCUGAGUCUUUUAGUCGUUGACAAGUGA